UCAUUGAGCAUGUCAUUGGCCAGGCUCUAUGCAAGAUCCUCUCACUUCUCUUCCCUUUGCAAAACCCUAAAUCACACCCCUGUCCGAUCGAGGUGUCUACUUGAAGUUGGACAGAGAAUAUAUAAUUCUGUGGGAGCUAGUAGUUCUAGACAUGGCCAAUGYUGUUCUGAAUUCCGAAAUUUCACGUCUGGAUCUGAACUCAGUARGAAGUCUUUCAAUAAAAUUUCCCACUUGGGAGUUGGGUACUUGAAGAGACCUUAUGUGYUGGGUUCUCAUCAUCAGUAUACUACAAAUGUCGUUAGAGAACAGAAAUCAAGGAAGAUACUUUAUUACUUAACAGGUUUGGUGUUUGCAAUGGUGGGAUGUACUUAUGCUUCAGUUCUUUUGUAUAGGAGGUUUUGUCAAGCUACUGGCUAUGGGGGUACUGUUCAACGGCGUGAGACUGUAGAAGAAAAGAUUGCAAGACAUGCUCAAGAUGGAACUGUCACCAAUAGGUGUGUUAUUUCAGAAUCUAGUGGAACCUACAAAAUUCUUUAUAGAUUGUUUCAAAUCUUUUUUAAUUUAAGAGUUUCGAUUGAUGAAUGAGUCAAUAUACCUACAACUACUUGUAAAUGUGGGACAUUUUGUUUCUACAAUUUUACUAUGCCUAUCUUUAGAAAGAAGGUAAAACAAAACAAAGUUCACUUCUCAAAAAGUGAAGAUAAAAUAUUUUUCUUUCUUCC